CGCUCCCACGCCCGCGCCACCACCGCAUGGAAUCCACCGAGCCGACUAAUGCUCCCACUCUGCGCGCUUACGCGAGGUCCAGGGCCUUGGGGCGGUGAUAGUUCUCAAUUGUCGGCGACGGACGCAGGCUCUUCAUUAUGUUUAUGUCCAACUCCAUCGUCGAGCUCAAGGGCUUGACUGUGUCUUCGUACUCAUCGGUCAGCUAUGCUUUGAGUGAAAUGUCCGCAUCCUACAUGGUCGAGUCGACCGCGACACUGGUGGUACCUUUGCCGUCGACGUUUGACAAGCUCGUUACCGCUUCGUCGAUCAAGUUGCCGCGAAAGCAGGGUGUGCUACAGAUUCCUACGACAGCAUCCCGUUGGAUGCCGUGGCGAAAGAAGGCGGUCACGUGGGUCGACUGUUGGGUCACCUUCAACGGGAGAGAGCUGUCGUGGUUCAAGGCCACCGGCCACGGGUUGUACAAAUCCACCCCUGUGUGUUCGCUAGAUCUUUCUACAUCCAUGCGUGUGCAGUUCCACGACUUGACCGCGGAGAUGUUUGCGAUUGUCGAGGUCGGCUGCAGCAACCACAGCACCACGCAUCGGACGCUUGGACGCAGGAAGAGCUCCUCCAGCGAUGGCACAACCAAGACACGUCAUGUAUUCACCGCCGCCUCUGCCGCCGACAAGCUAUCGUGGCUCCAAGUGCUCUCUGAAGCCCUGCAUAUCCAAGACUGGUUCGCCGGGUUUCAAGUCGGCCCAUUGCUCGGUCAAGGAGGGUCGUCGCAGGUUCAUUUGCUGACAGAUACCGCGUCCGAAUCCACAUUUGCACUCAAAUCCAUCGAAACACACAACCGACCGGGCAACGCUGAGCUCGCCAGCAACGAAAUCGAAAUCUUGCAGCUCCUGGCGACAUGUGGGAGCAAGUCGUGGGUCGGUGCGCACACGACCAAGCUGUACAAGACUGUAGAAGACCACACGGGUCGCAUCGGACUUGUGAUGGCGUAUCACCGAGGCGGCAACCUCUCCGACAGAAUCGCCCAAGGUGGGCUUCUCGCACUGCGCAACUGCAUGGCAAGGGAGGAGGCAGCGAAACGCUUGGCCCACACACUCUUGUCGACCAUGCACGAGCUGCACACGUUGGGUGUGCUUCAUUUGGACAUCAAGCCCGCCAACAUCCUGUUUCACGACACAAACGACGACGUGGGAAAGAUGAUCCUGGCCGACUUUGGUUUUGCCCAUCGCAUUGCAUUGCACGAUCCCGACGACGAUGCUCCACCGACCACACGUGGCACGGUGGGGUACAUGGCCCCCGAACUGGUUGAGUACCAGUUUGGCCGCAACACCCUCGAUGGCAGUCCUCCCCUGACGCCGGCCGCUGACGUGUUCAGUGCCGGCGUCGUCCUGUUUGAGUUCCUCGUGGGAUUCGCACCGUUUCACAGCUCGCAAUCCGACAAAGUGAUCGAGCGCAUGCUUCGGGGUCACAUGGUCCGUCCCCAAGCGCAAUGGGGCCUUGUGUCGGCGGAAGGGCAGCGCUUUCUCCUGGCCAUGCUCGCCAGAACACCAUCGCACCGACCAACGGUCGCCGACUUGCUCUCGCAGCCGUGGCUCCACCACUAGUCACUCAGUGUGAACAAUGUAUUUAAUAAAUUAAACCGACUGCGCGCUAGUUGCC